AGUUAUAUAAGUAUCAGUUUCGAAAAGGAGGGCGAACUUUUAAAAGUGUACGAAAUGGAGAAUUUUUCAUUUGAGAAAGACUCCACGAGUGGCGAUCCUUCCAAAGGGCGAAAGGAUGAUCCUCCAGAGCUCGAGGAAUCGGCAAAGGAAAGUGGAAUUCGACCCGCUUCAGUGGAUGCGCCAUGUGAUCCCAGACCGGAUUCUCCUAAUGUACCUCCCCUCCCGGAGCCUGACCAAAGGCCAGACGAUGCGUCUGAUCCAAGCCAACAGCCUGCUCGUGCACCUGUUAUUUGUCCUACAAAAUGGAGAGAGGCAUGCUUUUCAUUUUAUCAACGGAUAUGCACUUUCUCUUUCCAGUUUCCUUUCCAUACCCUGCUGCUUACUUGGCCCCUCUCGACAGCCAUCAUGGGUGUACUGAAUCUGAAUUUUUGUCGCAUCAAUCCGGUUUUGCCUUUUAUAAUGAUGGCUGUUGGAAUCUUGGGAACUGCAGUAGUUCUUUUGCGCUUAUAUACGAUGCACUUUGAGAGAUGUGUUUCACAUAUUUACAGAACAAGAGAUUAUUGGAUUGGGUUACGAAUCGCAGAAUUUACUGUUUGGAAUAUUUUCGCCAUUCAAUUGUACUAUUUUUUCGGGCAAGCUCCCAGCUUCACUCCCGGAGAGGAGCACUAUUGCAAGUGGAAGUUCUACAAAAUCAAUUUCGGGUUGAUGCUUCUCACCUGUGCGGCGAUGCUCGGGUGGACGGCCGUGCACGUCGGCAAAUGCAUCCGUUGGUAUGAGAGGAGGAAUGAGCUUGCAAGCCCUUGAUUGACCGCCCGAUUUCGAGCAUUUUUAAUUGCUUUUUACUUUUUUCAACAAUGUUUUUAAUAAAAGUUUACUAGAUCUUACUCAUAACAUUCUCAAUACAUUUUGAUGUUUUUACCUCAAUUGGCUUGUUUCGUAAUAAAUUUGAAAA